AUGGAGGUGUACCGACGUGUGACCGAGCGUGUGCGUGGCGCGCUGUGGGCGCAUCACGGCCGCCUUAUGUCGGAGCGGCAAUUUCACCGCAUUCUGGCGUACGUCUACAACAACAAGUACGAGCACCAGAUACGCUUUGACCGGAUGGAAGUGGUAGGCCGCGAGUGGGGGGGUCGUGUGGAGGUCGUGACAACACCGGCCGGCUUUUUGAAGCGGGUGCGCGUCAAUCCGUGCAUUGAGGAGAUCUCGGUGUAUCAGCAACAGCAAAUGAUCCUUGCGGCGUACGCGGAUGCCUGCGCGCAGGGCAGGCGACUGAUGGAGCAGGCGGAGAUAAACAUCUACAAGCAGUUCCUUAAGGACCUCAAACCAAUCAUCAUGGGUAUCCGUGAUAACGCGGAGUUCUAUACCGUGCCGGAGGACUCCAUUGAAACAAUCGGUGGUACGCUACACUCCGGCAAUGGUGCUGCGCCCCUGACGCAUCGUACAAUCCCUGCCGCAAAGGCACACCAACCGGGUGACGAGGUUCGCGCACGCCAGCAGUGGGAGCAGAAAUGGCUGCACACACCGCAGGGCCAGUCAUGGGCGCUGACACUACGGGGUAAGGCGUACUUUGCGAUGCAUUGCCCGCAGUACCGUCCACGUGGUGCACCUGGCGCGAAGAAGGCGACGCUGCCAUUAGAUCUGCCGGCACCAUACACACCGAUGGAUGAGGCGCGGCUGCUUAAGAAGAACUGGAUGGCGUACCUCGACAACAAGCACGUGGCAGAGGUGAUGUGGACACGGGCCAAGAUAGCGGAUCGGGAGAAGCACCAACGGAAGCUGCAGGAAACGGGACAGGCGUGGCAUCGUCCUAUCAAUGAGGAGGCUGUGACAAGGUGGUGA